AUGAUACAACAGUGUUACAUACAAUUUUAAUGACACAACACAAUGAAAAACUAGUACGUGUGUGUUUACAAGUUUGUGGACUGUGGUUUUGUUUAUUUUUUAAAUUGCCCUCCUAUUUUGUUAGUUCAUUUGACGCAUAACUGGGGCGCCACAUCUCUGACGUUCCCCCACCUCGUAUUUGUCACUUUGACAUUGUGGCUUGUUUCCAAUAAUUUUUGGAAAAUUUUGUAAAUUUGUGGGCUUACAAACAAGUGAUUGAAUUAAUAAAUACACCAAGUGUAGUGUUAGCGGUUGAAGUUUUCCAACACUCGUCAAAAUGCCGCGGGCUGAGUUCGGUACCCCCAAAUACAUCGCCAACAAGAUGAAGGCAAAAGGUCUUCAGAAACUGCGAUGGUAUUGUCAGAUGUGCCAGAAACAAUGCCGGGACGAAAACGGUUUCAAAUGCCACACAAUGUCCGAGUCUCAUCAACGACAACUGCUCCUGUUUGCUGACAAUUCCAAGCGGAUUAUUGACGACUUCUCUUACGAAUUUGCCAAGGAAUAUUUGCAAAUUUUGCGGCGACAGUUUGGCACAAAACGUGUGAAUGCAAAUCGGGUGUACCAGGAGUAUAUUUCUGAUCGAAAUCACUUGCAUAUGAAUGCCACAAGGUGGGUCACUUUAACUGGGUUUGUCAAGUGGCUGGGAAGGACUGGGAAAUGUUUAGUGGACGAGACGGAAAAAGGUUGGUUUAUUACGUACGUUGAUCGUGACCCCGAAACGAUAGCACGUGAAGAAAAGAAGAAUAAAAAGAUGAAAAUGGACAAGGAUGAUGAGGAGAGAACUCUGGAGUUUGUGCAAAAGCAAGUGGAGUUGGCCCAGGAGCGUGGUCUAACGAAGAAUGAACCAGUUUACACGGAGCUAAUUAGAGAAAAUGAAGAGGAAAAAUUGAAGUUAGAUCUUAAGCUUGAACCGCAGCAGAAAAAGGAUGUUAAACCAGUGGUUUUCACACAAUUGAAACGUUCCCUAGAUGAAGGACCUUCCAAAAGCACCAUUAAGAAAAAUAAGACCGAAAAUAGGAAAAAAACGGCGUUGGAUGAAAUCAAAGAAAUUGAAGAAAUCAAGAAAGAAAAAUCAAACCGGAAGGAUUACUGGAUUACGGAAGAUAUAGUGGUUAAAGUGAUGACCAAGUCAUUAGGUGACGAGUAUUACAAACAGAAAGGUGUGAUAAGAGAAGUGCACAACAAAUAUGUAGCAAUUGUGAAAUUGUUUGAUAGUGGACGUAAAUUAAAAUUAGACCAGGAACAUUUAGAGACCGUUAUUCCAGCUAUUGGGAAGUUGGUCAAAGUUGUAAACGGGGCUUAUCGGGGCGAAACAGCGACUUUGCUUUCUAUUGAUGAGAAAAAAUAUUGUGCUGAAAUUAAAAUCGCAUCGGGGUUGUUAAUGGGGCGCACCUUGUCAGGGGUUCAGUAUGAGGAUAUCUGUAAGCUUAAUGAGGAACAAUGAGUUAGUUUAUAAGCAAUUUUGUAUAUACUUAAAAACUAUUAAAUAUAAUUAUUUUAUUUUUA